AUGUCGUAUCAAUACCUGUUCCUGCCUACCGAUCUGCCCAGCGUGAAGACGUGGUUCCGCAAAUAUGUCAACCUACAUUUAUCGUCGUUGAAAACAAACCCGAAGUCAUUCUGCGCGAGCUACGAGACCGAAUCCCAAAUCACCGAUCAUGAGUGGGUGGAAAUGCUCUCGCAGCCACGAUAUCGCGUCGCCAUCUGCACCGUGAUAUCCCACCAUGUCCACCCACUGGACGCGGAAUGGGUAGGCAUGAUACGCGUCUACGGGCCCCGACUCAACAGCCACGGCGAUGCCUACUACUACCUCGGCGGAGCCUUUGUCAGUCCUCUCCAUCGAGGCCUUCACAUCACGUUUCGACUCGGAGUCUUCGCCGUCGAACAAUUGUUCCUCUCACACAUGCGAUCUGCCUCGUAUGAGCGUCUUAGCCGAAAGAAACGACGAAAAGUCCAUUUCCAAGCCCUGACGUCUUCGUCUGCCGCCUGUCUUUGUAAUUAUUAUCGAGCCAUGGGGCUGAGCGGGACACGUACUAUGCGGAAUCGGGACUAUUAUUCCCAAUGGCAAAAGGUGAAUUGUCGAAAAGAGCUGUUGAAUCAGGAGGUGCUGUGCUUGGAGCUGGUGGUGAGGGUGGGGGGGUCCCUGCUCGACUGGAUGGUGGAUCAUCGAUGGCUGCUGUUUGCUCAAUUUUUGUGGCUGAUGAGUGUAUUACGGGGGUACAUGAAGGUGUUAUCCCGAUAG